AGUGUCAGAGGGAGGGGUCUCUGGGAACGGUAGUCCAUAAAGCCUGUGCCUUCAAUCGAGAAUGAAGGUAGAGUAGAUCUGUUGUUUCUACUUUUCUUUUUAAUUCAUCUUGCCCACCUGUCUGCCCCGGUUCCUUUUGGAAACAUGUCCAAGGAUUUCCAUCCGACCAUGGACCCCACAAAGAUGGGGCUUGGACGCUCCAUCGCCGUGCUGACGUCAGGAGGAGACGCCCAAGGCAUGAAUGCUGCCGUGAGAGCCACAGUCAGAGUUGGUCUGUACACCGGAGCCAAAGUCUACUUUGUUCAUGAGGGCUACCAGGGUCUGGUGGAUGGAGGAGACAACAUUCGCCCUGCCACAUGGGAGAGUGUCUCCAUGAUGCUUCAGCUGGGAGGUACGGUCAUCGGCAGCGCUCGCUGCAAGGACUUCCGCACCAGAGAGGGUCGUAUGAAGGCAGCGUGCAACCUAGUGAAGCUGGGCAUCACCAACCUGUGUGUGAUCGGAGGCGACGGCAGUCUGACUGGAGCCAACCAGUUCAGGACUGAGUGGAGCGGGUUGCUGGAUGACCUUGUCAAAGCUGGUAAAAUUACAGCAGCAGAUGCCAAGAAAUCUUCCCACCUGAACAUCGUGGGCAUGGUGGGCUCCAUUGACAAUGACUUCUGUGGCACUGACAUGACCAUUGGCACGGACUCUGCCCUGCACCGCAUCAUGGAGGUGGUGGAUGCCAUCACCACAACCGCACAGAGCCACCAGAGGACAUUUAUCCUGGAAGUGAUGGGCAGACACUGUGGGUACCUGGCCCUGGUGACGGCUCUGGCCUGCGGUGCAGAUUGGGUGUUCAUUCCAGAGAUGCCACCAGAUGAUGGUUGGGAGAACCACCUGUGUAGGAGGCUGACUGACCAAAGGAGCAGAGGUUGUCGUCUGAAUGUGAUCAUUGUGGCUGAGGGUGCGAUGUCCAGAGAUGGCAAACAGAUUACUUCUGACCAGAUCAAGAAGCUGGUGACUGACAGGCUCGGCUUUGAUACUCGCACCACUAUUCUUGGACACGUACAGAGAGGAGGAACACCGUCUGCCUUUGACAGAAUCCUCGGAAGCAGGAUGGGUGUGGAGGCAGUGAUGGCGCUGAUGGAGGCGACUCCAGACACUCCUGCCUGUGUGGUCAGCCUGUCUGGGAACCUGGCAAUCAGGUUGCCACUGAUGGAGUGUGUGCAAGUGACCAAAGAUGUGACUGCCGCCAUGGCUGAGGGCAGAUUUGAUGAUGCCAUAAAGCUCAGAGGAAAGAGUUUUGAAAACAACUGGAACACAUACAAGCUGCUGGCUCACAUCAACCCCCCAGAUGUUAAGAGCAACAUCAACGUGGCCAUCAUGAACAUCGGUGCUCCCUGCGCUGGUAUGAACGCAGCAGUCCGUUCAGCAGUCAGAAUGGGCAUUAUUCAAGGCCACACCAUGUUGGCUGUCCAUGACGGCUUUGACGGUCUGGCUCACGGACAGGUAAGUGUACAUUUCCGUCUUUGCUCCCAACCUCCUUUUUAUUAUGGUUUCGUGACUGGCUGGACUGGAAAAGGAGGCUCAAUGUUGGGCACCAAAAGAACUCUGCCAGGUAAAAUGUUGGAGGAAAUCAGCCAGAAUAUUGCCAAGUUCAACAUCCACGCUUUGGUGAUCAUUGGUGGAUUUGAGGCCUAUGUGGGAGGCCUAGAGCUGGUUCAGGCCAGAGAGAAAUAUGAAGAGAUGUGCAUUCCCAUGGUGGUUAUCCCCGCCACCGUCUCCAACAAUGUCCCCGGCUCUGACUUCAGCAUCGGCGCUGACACCGCCCUCAACACCAUCACUUCUACCUGUGACAGAAUCAAGCAGUCUGCAGCAGGGACCAAGCGCCGUGUGUUCAUUGUUGAGACUAUGGGUGGGUACUGUGGCUACUUGGCUACCAUGGCUGGUCUGGCUGCUGGGGCAGAUGCAGCAUACAUCUUUGAGGAAAGAUUUGGCAUUAAAGACCUGGAGAUGAACGUAGAGCAUCUUGUGGAGAAGAUGAAAACAACCGUGAAGAGAGGUUUGAUUCUCAGGAAUGAGAACUCUAAUGCCAACUACACCACUGACUUCAUCUUCAACCUGUAUUCAGAGGAGGGUAAAGGCAUCUUCGACUGCCGUAAGAAUGUCCUCGGACACAUGCAGCAGGGUGGCACUCCAACACCCUUUGACAGAACCUUUGGCACUAAGAUGGGUGCCAAGUCUGUUCGGUGGCUGUCUGAGAAACUCAAGGAGUGUUAUAGGCAUGGGCGGAUCUUUGCCAACACACCAGACUCUGCUUGUGUGCUGGGCAUGAGGAAGAGGGCGCUCACCUUCCAGCCUCUUUCUGAUCUGAAGGGAGACACAGAUUUUGAGCACCGCAUCCCUAAGACACAGUGGUGGCUGAAGAUCAGGCCCAUUAUGAAGAUCCUGGCCAAAUACGACAUCAAACUAGACACAUCCGAGCAUGCCGACAUGGAGCAUGUGAUCAAGAAGAAUAGUUCUUUUGGGAAAUAGACUUAGUCUCUUUCUUUUCCAUUUACAAAGUAUUUUUCUUUUCCCACUACCUUUCCACAUGCCUUAGUAAAAGAGCUGCUGUUUCAUGCUUUCUCAUCGUUGAAGUCCAGGUAAUAGGCUCAGUGUGCAGCAAUGUUCUGUAGCUUUCCCAACUCUCAAAACCUUCAGCGAAUCACAUAACAAGAAACCGAUUUAAAGAUGUAUUUACAAAAAAAACGUAAAUUGUUUGGAUGUUAAAUGGAGCAGAAUGUGAAUUGUCCU